AUGGCAACUUUAAACGAAAAGAAGACCUGCAGUCAAAGAAUGGAAAAUUUCCAGCGUUUUGUGUGGAACCCAGAUACAGGACAGUUAAUGGGAAGAACCUUGAUUAACUGGGUAUGGAUCAGUCUUUUUUAUGUUGCUUUCUACGUGGUGGUGACUGGGCUGUUCAUACUCUCCAUAUAUUCUUUAAUGAAGACACUCAACCCAUACACACCAGACUAUCAAGAUCGAUUAAAAUCACCAGGGGUGACAUUACGACCAGAUAAGUAUGGAGAGAAAGGACUGGAAAUUUAUUACAGCCUCUCUUCCAAUAACUCCUGGGAAGGUUUUGUGACGUCGCUUGAAAGCUUUCUUGCAGCAUACAAUGAAAGUAAACAACGUGACAACAUAAACUGUACUGGGGAAGACUACUUCACCCAGAACUCAUUCCACCUUCCAAAUCACACAAAAUAUUCUUGCAAAUUUACACGAGAGAUGCUUCAAAACUGCUCGGGUCUUCCGGACCCCACUUUCGGAUAUUCAGAAGGGAAACCAUGUUUAAUCAUAAAAAUGAACAGAAUUAUCAAUUUUCGCCCUGGCAAUGGCACGGCACCUAGAGUGAUUUGCACAACUCUGGAAGAUGAAAAGCCAGUGACUGCUGAAUAUUAUCCUGCAAAUGGUACCUUUAGCCUUCACUACUUCCCUUAUUAUGGAUGUAAAGCACAGCCUAGCUAUGUAAAUCCUUUGGUGGCUGUGAAACUUCUCAACAUUUCACUGAACAAAGAAGAAGCCAUUGUUUGCAGAGUUGUUGGUGCCGGAAUUACGUCUGGUAAUGCUCACGACCCAUAUGAAGGAAAAGUAGAAUUCAAAAUUUGGAUAAAAAAUUAA